AUGACAACUCAAAAUCACCCUUUUCAUUUAGUAAACCCAAGGCCUUGACCAUUAUUAAUUUCUUUUAAUUUAUUAAAUCUAUUAAUAGGGCUUAUUUCUUGAUUCCAUUUAUAUCAAAUUGAUUUAUUGAUUUUUAGAUUAAUUUCUAUACUAUUAAUUUUAUUUCAAUGAUGACGAGAUAUUACACGAGAAAGAACCUUCCAAGGAUUACAUUCUCUAAAAGUUUCAUCUGGUCUCCGAUGAGGGAUAAUUUUAUUUAUUAUAUCUGAAAUCUUAUUUUUUAUUUCAUUUUUUUGAAGAUUUUUCCAUAAUAGUCUUUCUCCUAAUAUUGAAUUGGCAAUAAUAUGACCCCCUAAAUCAAUUGAUACUUUUAAUCCUAUAAAUAUCCCCUUAUUAAAUACAUUAAUUUUGUUAUCUUCAGGUAUUACAGUAACUUGGGCUCAUCAUAGAUUAAUAGAAAAUAACUAUUCUCAGGCACUUCAAAGACUUAUAUGAACUAUUGGCCUAGGAAUCUACUUUACUCUACUUCAAGCUCUUGAAUACUAUGAAGCUCCAUUUUCAAUUUCAGAUUCUAUUUAUGGAACUUGUUUUUUUAUAGCAACUGGAUUUCAUGGAUUUCAUGUUAUUGUUGGUACUACAUUUCUCUUAAUUAUAAUAAUUCGUUUAUUUAUUAGGCAUUUUUCUUCAAUUCAUCACUUUGGAUUUGAAGCUGCUGCAUGAUAUUGACACUUUGUAGAUGUAGUAUGAUUAUUUUUAUAUUUAUCUAUUUACUGAUGAAGAAGAUAA